AUGAUUUCGGCGAAGACCAAGGAAAUGGAGAGUCGAAGUAGACUUUUGGCUGAGAGAGUAACGGAUGGAAUCAGAGUCCUAGAUCACGAUCCUUCCUUAGCUCUAUACCGAUUACAAGAACACAUUGGUCGGAGUAUGCCGGGGUUAGUGAAAAGAAAGAUUGUCCUCACGCAAGAUAGUUCGACGCUUUCUGGUGCUCAGUUCGAUUUGGAGAACGCUCUGAAGACGAUUGAUGGGAUGAAACAAGCUUCCCCUCAUUUUGAAAAUUGUAUAGAAAUGCUAAGGAAUUGUAUGUUUUACAAGCAGCAAAUUGAUUAUAACGCUUCGCGGAAGAUAACAGAUGGUGGAGUCAAAGGGCGAAGCAAAUCACUUCAUAAUGUUGGUAGAAAUUCUCCUAAUAAUGACUAA